AUGGCGUAUAGACAAGAUGACAUGGUGAUCCAGAAUUUAAAUAAUAAUAAAAAACGAAAAUUACAAAAUGAGAUACCAAUAAACAAAUUUCGUGUUGAAGAUUUAGCAAAUGAAAUUCUUUAUGAAAUAUUUGAUUAUCUUGAUAUGUAUUAUCUGAAAUAUUUUAUAAUCAAUUGUUAUUUUCCAUCUAAUUUAUUGAAUAAUUUAUUAAGUUGUCUUCCUCAACUUUCCCAUUUAUCAAUUAAUUCACUUGUUAAAUCUUAUUGUUCAGCUAUGUUGAUAAAGGUAAAAAAAAUGAUAAAAGAAUUUUUUUAUUAUCUUCAAAAUUUACGUCUUACAACGUUGUAUGAUGAAGCAUAUUUAAAAUGA